UUGAACAGUGUCAGUUCCAUUCAAACCCUCGGCUGAUACACGUCAAUGGUUUGGGACUAUAUCGUCGUAGCCCGACGGGAGGUCACUCAAAUUGAGAUAUCUCAACCGAAGUGCAGUAAUCACAAGAGAGCGAAUCUGUGAGGAAAUUCUGUAGUGUCGCUUGAGGCAAAAUGAUCUAGUGUUGUUAGAACAAGCGAACGGUUAAAAGAAGAUUAAUCUUCGCGAGUUUGCGAUGAGGGGUAGAGUAGCCGGUGCGAUUUUUGUCGCAAUUUUGGUCGUGUUUGAAGUCAACUGCAACGAUGUCAAGCAAUUCUCUGCUUCAAAACUCACUGAACUCGUUGAAGUUAAAACUACCGACGAUCAAGGUAAUGUGAAAGCUCGAGUUGUCGCUAGAAGUGUUCCUUCAAACAACGAUGAUUCUGAGGGAGCUGGAGCAGAYGAUGAAGAUUCCAAAUCUACCUCGGAAGGAUCGGGAGAUACGAACAGUGAUCACUUCCAGACUGCUGUCUUUAAUGAUCAACCUAUGAAUGUUUUUGAUAACGGAUCAUCAACAGCAAGCGUAAUUUCUCCUUCCCCUUCACCGACAAUAACAGCAGCUAAACAGACUUCUUCAACCAUGACUAAUGUUGCUGCUACCAAAAUACGGAGUUCCCCGAGUUCUAACUCAACCAUAGCGAGUACGAAAAGUACUCCGCGAUCAUCAAUAAAGUCUCCAACUUCAUCGGAGUCCAUCGCAAUCGAACCAGCAAGGACUAUAACUAGUACACAAGUUUCAAGUUCAACUAGCGUUACGGAAAGCCCUACAUCGAUGUCAACUGAGGUCACAACACAACCGAAAACAACGGUUAAAGCAACAACCGGCGAGCCUUCGACCACCUCCGAUGAAAUCCCAACAUCUCAACUAAAUGUAAAUAAACCGACCACUGAAUCUUCGAGUAUUAUAAUCAAUGGAACUGGAGAGCCCGUUGUUGUUACAAAGAAYACAAGCAAAAAUUCUACAGUUUCGACAGAAGUCRAAAUUUCCACAGUCAAACCUACMWCAAAGUCAACAAUAUCGUCGGUGAACGUACAUGCUCAGCAAGACCCAACAGAAAAGCCGAGAAAAACUUUAUUCGGCUUUGUUACUGUGGAAAUUUUAAUAGCUUUGUUAGCAGGUGCCCUUUUCUCUAUUCUUUUGGUUGCUUUUUUGGUAUAUCGACUUAAAAAGAGAAACGAGGGCAGUUAUGAAUUGAGCGAGACGAUUGCUCUUCGACCGAAGGAGUUGGACGAAAUGGGUACAAACAAAGAAGUCUUUGUAUGACCGAGCGACGGGUGAACAUUCAAAUAAGUUGUCCUUUGACAGACCUUAAUAAAUGCUGAACAGAAUGUCGAAAUAKGCCUUAAAUACAGAUGACUUGGGCAAUAUAUUGAACAGCAAACUAUGAACUGAUCGCCAGAGGAUAUACGAUCCGAACGAUAAAAGUAUCUCGACGAUUUGGAAGUAAUAUAGAGCUCUAACUGAUAAAACCUCUUAAGAGGAUUUCCUUAAUUGGGGAAAAUAUACUAUAUGACAGUCAAGCGCGAAGGAUCGAGAAAUUGAGUUUUUUAGCUUUAGUUUUUUAGAAAACACUGGAAUUCGCAUUUUUUGUUUCUAUAUUUACCGCUAGCUCUUCGUAUUUAUUUUAUCAYGAUGUAUAUUGGCUUACAUAAAUCAAACUUAGAGGGAUAUUUACCUAGCUUCUAGGCAUUAGUUUUCCUACAUAGUCAUAGAAACGAAAUUAUCAAUAAUUAGAAUUACUCCURAAGGAAAAUAUUUACAGAAUACAACACUCGCCUUUUGCUAGUGCCGAAAUCAAAUCCCGCUUUGCCGGAAACYCAAGGUUACUAUCUGUCCAAAAUCAACAUAAUGGACUCUGUGCACUCUCGAUAAACAUUUUCCACAGAACAAAAAUAAUUGCAUGUCUUUGAGAUCUUCUUUUAAUCCAUUACUAUCAAAAUUGGUUUAUUUCUCUGGUGAUUGUUCUGUUGUAAAUAUGUACGAGCUUUGUCGGCCUUGUUUAAGUACCUCCAUUUAUAUGUUUUAAUUAGAAAAUAGAGAAUAUUUAUCUAGCGAGUACUUGGUUUUGUAUUAGUGAAUAGUUUUGGGACUAAUGGUGUCAUUAGGUUGAAAAGCUAAGCAAAUAGUAGUUAAAAUACAUAUUGUUAAUUAAAGCUUGUUUCAAACGCCGUCUCUCUCAUGUGCUGAAGUUAAUGUAAAUUCAGUGACAACGUUAACAAAACGAAAAAAAMUGCUGUAAUUUACCCUGACUUCGGCAAAUGCCGAAUUUCAUGAAACAGGCUGUCUAAACUUGAGUCAACUUUAUACCAAGAAAUUUUAUAUAUAAUUGUAUUGUGUUAUUGUGAUAAAAGUACUCUUAUCUCAGGAUAUAUGUGGGUUCAAGCUGUCUAUACUUUAAAAAAAUAUCACUAUACAGUCAACUCUCGCCUUACGGACACCUCGAUAUUGCGGACAGUAAAUACUGAAUCCCCGGCGAAAAAUACAAAGUAAUGACUGAAAGUAACACUCGUUUCUACGGACCCUCGCUACUGCGGACACUAAAUUACGGUCCCGACAGGUAUCCGUAAUUGCAAGAGUUGACUGUGCUUUGCUAUCAAACCGAAUUUCAAAUAAAAACGAAAAAUUUCCAACAGCA